GGAAAAGUCACCUUAAGAAAUAAAAUAUUCUUAAAAUCUAUCGGAUAUGCUAUCCAACCAGACAUUCAAUCUUUAUUCACCAAUCAACAACGAUGAAUCCAUCAGCAAAGUGGAAACAAGAACAUAUUUACCAUUCAUUAAAUCUUUCAAUAAUAACGAUUCGAUCGAAGUUUCAAUAAAUCGAUCAGAUACAUGGCUCUUCAUGCAUGAUGCAGUACUUAUCAUUAAAGGUCAACUUGAAAAAACUGCAGGAAAUGGAACAAUUAAGUUGGUUCCGAAUUGUGGAGCAUUCCUUUUCGAUUCGAUCUCCUAUGAAUUACAUGGAACUGAGAUCGAUUCGGUUAGAGAACCAGGAUUGAUAAGUACAAUAAAAGGAUAUCUGUGCUACGACAAAGAUUCCGUCAGAGAACUAGAAACAGCUGGAUGGACAUAUCCUAAUGAUCCAGAAAUAAAUGCCGAUGGAAGUUUUAUAUUCAGAAUACCUCUCAAACAUCUUUUGAAUUUCUUCAACGACUAUCAUUUAGCUAUUUGUGGAAAACAAACCAUUCGACUCAUAAGAUCACAAAAUGAUAAUAAUGCUAUGAAAAUUACUGCUGGAACUGGAGAAGCUGUUGGGGUUACAAAAGGGCAAGUCAAAAUCCAUAGUAUUGAAUUGAAAGUCAAACAUAUUCAUCCCAAUGAUGUUUUGAAGAUUGAAUUACUUGAAUCUAUGAAAUCAAAUCGACCAAUAUUAUUUCCAUUCAGAAAAUGGGAAAUUCAUGAAUUGCCCAAUUUAACAACGAACUCUCUAACAGAAAUAUGGACUGUUAAGACUACUUCUAUUAUUGAUUAUCCUAGAUUUAUUAUAUGCUGUUUUCAAACUAAAAAGAAAAACAUAAGUACAGAAGAUCCUACAUUAUUUGAUAAUAUUGAUGUUUCUGAUGUUCGACUGUUACUGAACGGUGAAUUUAUUCCUCAAGAAAAUUCAAGAUUGAACUUCAAGAAAAAUGAUUAUGGUGAAGCCUAUUAUAAUUACACCGAAUUUUCGACUAGUUAUAAUAACUUAAAAAUCAAUCCUUUAAUUCAAUAUUCAGACUUCAAAAACAGAUGCUUAUUUGUUAUUGACUGUUCAAGACGUAGUGAAUCUUUCAAAUCAUCAACGGUUGAUAUAAAACUUGAGAUAGAGUCUAGAUCAGGUUUCCCCUCCUCAACCAGAGCAUAUUGCAUUAUUGUAUACGACUGUAUAAUGGAGAAUUUACCUUUAACUGAAACAGUUCGAAAGUUGACAUCAAUAUGAGCACAAUGAUUGUUCUUGAUAUGCAAGGGUUUGUGAUUAACAAAGAAUUCAUAGUGAAGGAAUUGGCCGCAUCAAAUGGAUAUCAAAUAUAUCAUUUCAUUUUUAAACCACCGAUAGACUUCAAAAUGUUAUCAAAUAAAGAUCAAACCAGUGUUAGAUACUUGGAACGUUUUCAUCACGGAAUACAAUAUAGUGGAGGUUUUGUGAACUAUGAGGAUCUGGAUAACAUUAUUUGUGAAAUUUUGUCUGGAGUUGAUAAUGUUUAUGUAAAAGGCCACUAAAAAUAUGAUUUGUUGAAAAAAAUAUCUAGAUCCAGGACAAUAAUAAUUAAUUUGGAGGAUCAAAACCUAGAAAAAUUUGAGAAGCAAACACAUGAAUGUAUGGCUCAUCGAAGUGAUUCGAAAAGUUGUAGCAUAAAUAAUUGCAGAAAAUUGUUCCAAUGGUUAAUUGAUAAUAAAAGUAUUGC